AACACAUGUCCCUCGUUCUUCGGUUUGAGUUGGUACUAUUUCUCCCGUUCGUUGACUCACAAGAAGCUUCAUAGACCAUAUUUAUCGAGAGCAGAUUGUCAUCGUCAACAUCAGCGUCUGUAGUCGUCGAACUUGUGAUGCUGUUCUCGCUAACAUCUGUACGACUGAAAUAGUGCCCAUCUUCUUUCACAGUCGCAUCGCUCGCGUCGUUCAUCUGUUUCUCGUUGUUUUCUCAUCGAACUGCGUUCGUCUUCUUGAGUGGAGAAAUAAAAUGUUCGGUCGUCGUGCUUUUUCAUGCUACUAGUUUCCUCGCUCUUCAAACAAAUACUACCUGCUCGACCUCUACUGAUCUUGAUCAUCAUUGAACACAUGAAGCACCCCAUUCACGGUCAUUAGAGUACAGGUGCGUGCCGAUUUUGUAGUUGUUCUCCAUUUUUAAGCGAUGCAUGGCUAAUAUCUUUUUUGUUCCUCCCCAAACGACAUCCUCGAAUUCAAAAGCCACUCCAAGCUGACGACCCUUUGUAACUGAAAACUGCGGAGGACAUCAUCAGCACUCCUGCCAUUAGAAGUUGUCACCAGCAGACACGAGGACCACGUCAGCUGGUGCGCUGGCCCUUUGGCCGAAGACUUUGAAAAAAAAUCUCAAUCCAAUAGCUGCCCUUUGUUUCUUCCAGGGGUACCACCUUCGCAGCCAUGUGGUGGACGGGCAGAAUACCUGGCCUCAGUGAUGAUGAAGAUCGGAGGUUUGUGGAGGAUGAAAAAAAGCUAGAACAAUUUGGACCCGAGCUGAUAACUGAGAUACUGGAGUUGCUGGGAGAUAAUGGGCCGCCACCGAUACUUAUGACACAACAUACAUCGAUCAGCAUCAAUGUGUAAGUAGAUGUAAAGGACAUACAUCGAUCAACAUCAAUGUGUUGUGAAAAUUACCGAUACAGGUUCUCGAAGAAGAUACUGAUGUAGACAAAUUGGAAGAUAUUACCUACAGCCCUUUCUGGUAGGACACUCUUCUUCAAUACAACAUCAAGGACAAAAAAGAGUUAAAGAUGCUUUUGUUACCGUUUGUUAUGGCUCUCCUAAGGGGGACAGGCAUAACAAACGGGAUAAGCGAGCACCUCCAAAAGCCUACGACCUCUAGCUAAAGUACUAAUUGUAAUUACCUCUAUAAUUAGAGUCCUAAUAAAUUGCUCAAGAAGUGAAGUACUCCCUCUCUUCUAACUUGCCAGUGAUCAGUUUCGAACGGAUACCUGGUGAGCAGAAUGGCCUAGUGAAACCAAGAGAAAUCCACAUCCGGAAUCCCAUAGACGGGCGUCCAACCCCCUACCGUGGUCCCGGCAAGACGCCUUACUACCGCAUUAGCAAUACGGACGCCAGCAUCAUCAAGCAGACGUUGGAGUACAACGGUUUCAGGGAGUUGACAACGAAUAGUAUAGGACUAGGCUUGAGUCCUCAUGACUGGGUAGUGCAAUGGAGUGGCCCGAAUUAUCGGGACUACGUCUACCAGAAUUUGCACGAGUACCAGUAUGUAAAUCAUUUCAGCGGAAGCACGGAGUUGACGAGGAAAGACAGGUUAGCACUUCUACUUCUCUUUCUAUCUUAUAAAUUCGUUCUACACGAAAACUGAAAAUAACCGAGUUACUGACUGAAAGAAGGGAGGCAGCUUAAAUAACAUCAAGGCUACUCUUCCUUCUCAUCAGUAUCUCGGUUAUAAUUCUGAUCAGUUACUUGCUUAUUUCAGUUGUUUUUCGAAGUUAAAUGCUUUCCAUCAAGCUUGUGCUCGGACACCAGUUGUUUCAUGAAAGAGGACAACAAACAUCCACGACAGGGUCUGGUGCCACUUCCAAGCCAUGCAGCGUCUCUUCGGGAAGCUGCAGUUCGACUUCCUUCCGGAGACUUUCGUUAUGCCCGAUCAACUUGAAGCUUUCAUCCAAGUCUACGAGCGAACGGACUAUCUCUGGAUCGUGAAGCCUCACGCUUCCUCGCGAGGUCGCGGGAUCUUCAUUUUGCAGGAGUUGAGCGAAAUCCCCUUGGAUUGCGUGACUGUGAUUUCGCGAUACGUUGACAACCCAUACCUGAUCCAAGGGCUGAAGUUCGAUUUAAGGCUGUAUGUGCUGGUAUUCACUUUUUCAUUUUAUUUUCACGUCAGGAGAUGCAGAAUUUGAAUUGUUUUUUUCCUAGAGGACUCAACGUUUAUUGAGUGUAGGCUCUACGAGUAGUUCCUCUUAGUUCAUCUAGUUGUACAGUCAAAUUCACUACAGUAUUACAGUACUAGUAAGUUGCACGUCAGAUUUGCAGAAUUGUUUUUUUCCUAGAGGACUCAACGUUUAUUGAGUGUAGGCUCUACGAGAAGUUCCUCUUAGUUCUCGUUGUACAGUCAAAUUCACUACAGUACUAGCAGGACGAGGGUCCAGAAGAUCCUACUUACACAUGAUGAACCAAUUACUUUUUUACGAAAUGAAAAUUCUCAAAAGAACCAACGCAAGAAUCUGCCGACAAAUUAUAAACAACCUCCAGGUAACCGGCUUCGACCCACUACGGAUCUACCUGUUUAAAGAAGGCCUUACACGAUUCGCAUCGUCCGUUUUCUCAACGACAGAGGAAGAUCUGGGUAACGUCUACAAGCAUCUCACGAACUACAGUAUCAACAAAUAUGCCUCAAAUUUCGUGGAGAACGAGGACGCCAGCCAAGACAACGUUGGCCACAAGUGGUCGCUGUCUGCGCUCAAUAAACAUCUGGUUAUGUUGGCUGGCAGUGGCAUAGGCAUUCACUACAUCGAGAUCCAAAUCGAAUGGUAGAUUUUGCAUGACUUGCGUUUCUAGUAUAGACUCUCAGCGGAAAAUCUUCAGUAGGAUGCACCGGGAGAAUCGUGCCCAUAUGGAUCGAAUGGCAGAUUUUGCUUAGACUUACAACUCCAGUAGACCUACAACCCACUUCUACAUCACGAUCUACUACCGAAAGGCCCCCUCACAGCAGUAGCAACACCUCUAACCUCCCCUGCUGCAAUGUGGACAUCAAACUCACAUGGAGUCGCAUUAUUGACGUCGUGAUAAAGACGAUUUUGACAGUGGAGAGACCAGUUGUGCACAAGAUGAAGAACACAGUGUCCUGGAGGUCAAAUUGUUUCGAACUCUACGGAUUCGAUUUGCUGCUGGAUGAAAACCUCAAGCCGCAUUUGCUUUUAUGAGCAGGACUCUUUAGCAAAACCAUCCACAAAGACGAAAUGUUGAAAAUCAAAAUGAAAAUAUUGCAUUUGCAGGCAUCGAUUUGAAUAAUGUAAUAGAAGAAUUUACUUUAUCCACUCUGAGUCUCGGAAGCCAGUUGCCGGCAUCUGAAUAACGUAGAAGAAUUUGCUUCAUCCACGUUGUUCCCCUUCCCAUCCACGGCAGACGAGAUAUAAAAAUGGAUCCUUUCCCCUUUCCCUUUUCAUCUCCCGAAGUGAACCUUUCUCCGAGUAUGCAAGCAGACACCCCUUUGGAUUACAAGAUCAAGUCUUCGCUAGUCCAAGAGACCUUCAACCUGCUAGGACCAAAGCUAGCAGAUCAAAAACAGCUAGGGGAGACAAGGUGGAAAAGUAGAGCGAAGCAACUAAAGAGACAAGGACAGAGGAUGCCAUAUGGACAGCCUUUGGCAGCGACGAACCAAAUGCAAUUCGGUGGAGGUGGGCAGACGCUCCAAUUGAAACCGACUGUAUUGAAUAUUAAGGGUAGGUUAAAGGUGCUUUUCUUACCGCUUUUUGUGCCUCUCCUAAGGGAGAAAGGCAUAAAAAGCGGGGUAAGCGAGCACCAAAAACCUACCUCUAAGAAUACCCCGGCUGCUAGAGCAAGGGAAGCGGAGAGACAACAAAAGUUUCACAACCUGCAGAAGAAGAACCUGCCGCUUGCUAGUUUGGGUGAAAAACCUCUGCGGUUGUUGCUGGAGUGCGUGCAGGUACUAUUUGUCUUAUCAUUAUGCUUGAAGGUGUAGGUAGGAGUAUACUUGAUGAAGAUAACUACCCUAUUUUCCUCUGGUCUUUCUUAUUCUUUUUGUUUUUUCUAGUUAGGUCUGCUCCACCACAAACAUUAUGCUUGAAGGUAUUACCAUGACGCUUCGUCUCCUCAUCCUUCUGGAUACUGACAGGCACUUUUUCAUCUUGCCGAUGGUUAGUGAUGACCAUUUGAGAUGCGUAGCAAAUGAUGCUUUCGUCCGUUAGAUUUGGUAGAAGGAAUAUACCGUCGUGAAUCUUGCUGAAGCACAUACUUCUCAACAUCACAAACUAACACUUAAAAACUACAGGAAUUCACAAUGGCGAACGAUUUCAUCCGAAUUUUCCCAACACAAGCUAGUGUGAAACGAUAUGGCCACAUGAUCGGCAUUGGCUCAACCGCCAAGAGUAUGAGCGCUUCGCAACUGUUGUGUCUUGCGCUUUUUAACGAACCUCGCUUAGUCAGAGCAAAAGAUGGGCGGUCACAACGUAAACAGAGAAAUCGUAGUCAACCGAGUAGUCCGGUGAAGCAAUUAGGUUUGUCGAGUACAACCACCGUCAGUGCCGGAGGAGGUGCAGGCGGGGCGGGACCUCCGAGUCUGUCAGCGAGCACGAAUAAUGGAGCAGGCUCGGCAGGAGCGGCCCAGGACGACUUCGAUGCUAGUCAAGAACAGAUAGACGUCACUGGUGGAGGCUCUGCUUCAGGGCAAGAUGAAGGAGGUAUGUCGUCAUCCGGAGAACAACAACCUCAUCAAAAUUUGAAUUUAAGGUCAACAGUUACAGUGUCCAUCUUUCUCGGCAUCUCGGUACUACCCUUUAUUUGUUCCCCUGUAUUAAUAAUACUUACAGCCUGUUGUAUUCACUGUAAUACAGCCUGUCAGGGGAACAAAAGGCAUUAUUUCAUAGGAAUAAUAUUCGAGUGGAAGAAAUCAACUUCCUAUGGAAUAAUGCUACAAGGGCAAUAUAGGGGUCAAGAUGAGGGGUCAAGACAAGGGCAAUCUAGCAGACUCUAA